AGCGGAUGUCCGGUUGACUAGCGGAAGUUGUUUACACACAUGCCCCGGCCUCGGUGGUUUGAGCUCGGUCAGUUGUCAUGUCGAAUCCCUCUCCGAAAGUCAAGCCGUCUUCGGCGGCUAACCCGCGGGUCUACCUGGACGUCGGCAUCGCGGGGGAGACAGCUGGACGGAUAAUUCUGGAACUGUUUGCUGAUGUCUGUCCUAAAACAGCUGAGAAUUUUCGUGCUUUAUGCACUGGAGAGAAGGGAAUUGGGCCAACCACUGGUAAACCUCUGCAUUUCAAAGGCUGUCCUUUCCACAGGAUAAUAAGGAAGUUUAUGAUACAAGGAGGAGACUUUUCUAAUCAGAAUGGAACUGGAGGAGAAAGUAUCUAUGGAGAGAAAUUUGAAGAUGAAAGUUUCCAUUACAAGCAUGAUCAGGCAGGAUUGCUGAGCAUGGCCAAUGCAGGACCAAACACCAAUGGUUCACAAUUCUUCAUCACAACUGUGCCAACACCUCACCUAGAUAACAAACAUGUUAUGUUUGGUCAGGUGCUAAAAGGAAUGGGAGUAGUAAAGAUGCUGGAAAAUGUCGAAGUGAAAGAUGAGAAGCCUAUAAAGCAAUGUUCUAUAACAAACUGUGGUGAGAUUAAAGAAGGCGAUGACUUGGGUCUAGCUCCUGCUGAUGGAUCAGGAGAUGCAUACCCAGACUUCCCAGAAGAUAUUGAUGGUGGUAUGAAUGAUAUUGAUAAAAUCAUACAGAUUGCAGAAGACUUAAAGACCCUAGGGAAUAACUUCUUUAAAUCCCAAAACUGGACGCAGGCAGACAAGAAGUACACCAAGGCUUUAAGAUAUGCAGCCACUUUAAGAGAUGAAAUUGAUGAUGAAGAAUCAACAGAGAAGCUGGAAUCAAUUAAAAAUCUGGAAUCUAUAUUAUUAAGUUGUAAUCUGAACAUUGCUGCAUGCAAGCUGAAACUUUCUGACUGGGAUGCUGCCAUUGAAAGCUGUGAUGAGGCUCUUGAAAUUAAUCAGUCAAACACAAAGGCACUUUACAGAAGAGCUCAGGCUUGGCAAGCAAAGAAGGAUUAUGAUCAGGCACUGGAUGAUCUGAAGAAAGCUCAGGACAUUACACCUGAAGACAAAGCUAUAAGCAAUGAAAUACUCCGGGUGAAGCAAAAGAAAAAAGAAAUAAAAGAGAAAGAAAAGGCAACUUAUGCAAAAAUGUUUGCUUGAUAAAAUACUUUUGUUUCGUAGUUCUAAAUAGUUCAUUAGGCUUCUGUUUUGUCUUAAUCUUCUGAGGACAGUGUUGGAUUGUUUUUUGGAUGUGUAGUCUGUUUUACAGACAAGUGCACGCUAACUAACAAAGGUUAGGGACUAACAUUGUAGACAAAAGCUGAGAUUCAGCUGUGCUGCUUACACCUUGUUUUCAAAUAUCUGUUGCAGUGGAACUGUUAAAGAUAUUGGGUAUUAAAAUAAAUAUCAAGAACGAAGAUCUGAACUGUUUUUCCCUGCAAGGUAUUGAUUAUUUCUAUUUAUGAAUUUCUUCACUUAAUGAAUAAAUAGUAGAAGUAUUGUACAAAAAAAAGACUGUGAUUCACUGUUCCUGUCUGAAGAGUUUAUAUGUUUUUUUAAAAACCUUGCUCAUGUAUGGUUAUUUAUGAUUUGAAGAUCCUAAUCUGGUUGGUUGUCUGUAAAGAUUUGCAAUCCAAAUAUCUUUUCAGAAAGCUGUGGUUACCUAAUUCAUAUACAGAGGACAGUUCUUAAAAAUUAUUAUAUCUAUCAUAUAAAUCCUUUUUAUGCCAACAAAGAGUUUGUCCUAGCCUUCAGAUGAUACAAUUGUAAAUUGCAUGAAAGGUGGUUACAGAUGAAUAGCAAUCUUCACUAUUCUGAAGAGGUCGAAAGGGAUAAUUACCCAUUUUUAUUGAAAACUGACUUUGCAUUCUGCUCCUUGCAGCUUUUCAUCUUUUGUCAGCUUUAUUUUCUUUGAAGGUGAUAUUAUAUUGGAUAUUCAUCCAGUUGCUUUUUAAGUUCUGUAAUUCUUUUUUCCCUUUUCCUGCAAAGACACAGAAUAAACAUGGUACAAAAGUCA